GCCAGGCACGGGAGAGGCAGGUUUUGGCUCCAACAAAAGGAAUACGUCGGUGAAAUGGCAGCAGAAAUGCGUUUUCUGGGAGUGAUCUUCAUAGCCGUGCAUGCGAUGCGAGCGAUGUCCCUUCCGGUGUCGAGCCCGGCGAGCGAAGGUGACACGAAGGUGAUGAAAUGCAUCGUGGAAGUCAUCUCGGAUACUCUGUCCAAACCCAGUCCUCUUCCCAUCAGCCAGAGCUGCCUGGAGACCCUCCGCAGAGAUGAACGAAUUAUCUCCAUUCUGCGGCAUCAGAACCUCUUAAAGGAGCUUCAGGAACUGGCAGCUCGAGGAGCCACAGAGAGGGUGCAGAAGAAGAGCGGUGUGUUUGAGGACGAACCUUCAGGAGUCCUUGAGAGUCAAAACAACAAGCCCGAGGCAUCCGAUAUAUCAGAGGAGAUCACGGAGACUCCCAAGACUUCAUCGGCCGAAAGCUCCUCGGAGAGCCGCGAGACAAAGAGACAGACUGAGGAGGAAGAGGAGGCUCCGGAAAGCAGCCGGGAGGAAAACAUCGCGGACGAGCUGGAAAGCAACGACAUCGACAAGAGAGAGCCAGCCGCCGCCGACGAGGACAUAGACAACCACAUCACAGACCACAUCAACGACCAGGACCUCCCAGCAGAAGACAACACAAGCGAUGUCCACGACUCCGAGGAGAAAGAGGCAGCGGCCGAGAACAAAACCGAGUCCGGCGAGACGGAAGAGACAAGAGACACCGAGAAAGCCGAUUCCAAAGCAGACAGCGAAGAAGCCGAGACCCAGAGAGAUGACGAAUCGAUGACGGCUCCAGAGGAACACGAAUCGGAAAAAGACGAGACCUCGUUAGACAGCGGUAACAGCAAAGACGGCGAGCGGUUGGACGGCGGGAACUCUCAUUACCACGAGCACAGGAGCGAAGAGGAGACCUCGUCCGCCGAGCUGGACGAUUCCAAGCGAUUUAACAAAAUGGACGAGCUGGCGAAGCAGUUGACCUCCAAGAAGUGGGCCGAAGAAAACGGCAGCGAGGAGGCCGGGCUCGGGUCCAAGGAGUGGAAAUACGACCCCGGAACCCAGGAGAGCGACGAGAGACGUCCGUGGCAGCACCCAAGAGGUGACGGCGCCGAGAGCGAGUCUCAGACCGCAAAGAGACCCGAUCCAGAAGAGAAGAAAGAAGAAGAAGGAAGCGCCAACCGGAAGACCGAGGAUCAGGAGUUGGAGAGUCUCGCCGCCAUCGAGGCCGAGCUGGAAAAGGUCGCACACAAACUUCACGAACUAAGAAGGGUUUGAGCCUCAAACUUCUCUGGGAAUCUUUCCGACGGCACCUUCUUUCCUCCCCAAUUCAAUCUCUCUGCCAGAGAGGCCAAAAAUCACACAGCAUAUUUUUUUUAGAUUUUUUGGGGCAUUUUCUGCAGGAUUCUGGCAAAUCACACAAUAAGUUAUAAUUUAUCAAUCACAUUACACACGACAGGGCGAAGUCAAUAAUUCUCUAAAUGUUUGUGAAAACUCUGUUUGUUUUAAACAAUAUCUGUGAAUUACCAAAUACUUGAGAUUAUCGGGCAAAAAAGGCCGAGGGAAUUCCAAUUUUUUUUUUCACAUUAAUUUUUUAUGCUGAAUGCUUUUUUUUGGGGGGGUUUAAAUGAUUUUCAUUAGAUUGACAUAUUGCAAUAACUUGUUACCUUUUGAUUAAAUGUGGGAACAUGGGGUAUAUUCUCUAUAUAAAAAUAAUUACAGGGAAAUAAAAUGCAGGAUUUUUCCUCUGUC